AGUUUGUGCAAAAGCGCAGCUGAACAGCAGCAAGAGAGGAGGAGGAGGAGGAGGGAGGAGGACAGCGUCAUAAAGUUUGAGGCUGCGCUGAGGAAACGCGCCUGGAAUCAGCCCAGAUGUGUUUGGCCUCUUCUGGUGCGCAAGGCUUUCCGACCCACCGCCCCCAUUCUUCGCUCCGCCGUAAACUCAAUAAUGUAAUCAGCUGCACAGAUGGCCUUCACUUCAGCAAGGUAUCGAGUCAAUCGGAGCUGCAGUAAAUCAUCCACUGCUGACGUCAUGUCUGCAGGGGACGUCAUCUUGAACCGAUUCUAAGACUCAACUCUCGCUUUAUGAAUGAAGUUCAAAUAUUUUACAGACUCACACUGACCAUUUUCUACCUCUUGUUGCUUCACCAAUCGUCUUUUUUUUCCGUGUGCGUGUCUGUACGUGUGUUUGGCGCUCAUCUCUAAGGGAAAUGGUGAGAAGAACUUCUCUGGACCCUUGACACCUCUGACCCACUUAUCACUCUUUGUCUCGGUAGGCAGUGGGAUGACUUUUUAGAACAUACCAUUUGCUCUUUUCGCAUUGAUUCAUCCACUGAACAAGGCUGUUCAAAAAACCUCUUCGGUAUUGGUGACCUGACGUCCACGCACCGCUCUCUACCCAACUGCUCCUGUUUCUUAACUGGCACCAUAUCAGUUCCCAGAACAUUGACCUUGGCUUGCCGCGCCUUCCUGUCUUCCCUGAUUAUCGCCCUCAAAAUAUUAUCGCCUGAGGCUUUGCAAUCUCCCUCAUAAAUAGUCUGCAGUAAUGUAAGAGUGUGGCUCGUUGUCACAUCAGAUGAGCAACACCGUUGUCACUUGAACCGGCCUCCAUUUCACAAUAGCUCGAUUAAAAGCCCAAUCUUUGGUUUAAACUCCAGACAAGAUUUAGAAAAGCCUCCAAUCAGUUGCCCAUGAACACCUUCCCUUCCUUCACCUCGCCUCCCCCCAACACACCAACCAUCCAGUCGGUGUGCAAACCCUGCCUCCGGGCCCCGUGGAGGAUGAGCGAUGGGUCCACGCUCGACUACGAGUUGCUGCUGUCCCCGGCCGGCUCUUCCCUCCCCGGUGGCGCUGGCGGCGGCAGCGGCAGCCCUCCGCUGGCCUUGGUCGGGGCGGACGCCGAGCAGCGCACGGCUUUGGCCUUCGUGGGCCUCCUCAUGCUCUUCCUGGUCUUCCUGCUGGUCAGGUGCUUCAGGAUCCUGCUGGACCCUUACAGUCGCAUGCCCGCAUCAUCCUGGACUGACCACAAGGAGGGACUGGAAAGGGGUCAGUUUGAUUACGCCUUGGUGUAGGGAGGGGUUCAAGAAGGCGAACGAUGCACACAGAUACAAUCUUUCAGAGCUUUGAAAUGAAAUCAAAAUGUGGACAAUUAAUCAGAUUGUGAACAGACUCAAGGAGUUUAUUUGAUUUUUUUUCCCUAAUAUGUUGGUGUAAAAUCCUCGUUUGGGUGACGUGCGUUAAUGUAAAUAUGAGGCAUACCAUGACCGCACUCAUACUGACCAGCAGGACCACAAAAAGCCAAAAUAAUGAAGCUGCCUUAAUCUGACCUGUUGUACAAGCUUGACAGCACAGCACAGCAUCAUGUGAGCAAAAUAUAAAUACAUUCAUCAAUUUUCAUCAUUACCCAUAUUGAUUUGAGGCUGGGUUUUUCAAAUGGCGGACAUUGAGAGAAUAUAAAACAGCUAAAUGGAACUGUAGUCUAAUAUCUAUUUAUAUUUAACAAAUUGCAUUGAUCGUAUUGCACUGAGACACCAGACACGAUUUCAAUUUCUGGUUUUAUGCCAGUUCUGGUUCGAUGAUUUUUACCAUUACUGGUUUGUGGUGGCGACACCUAGGGGCCCUGUUUCCAUCUGCAAGCGCACAUGUGCUCGGCAACAAAACUGGUGCAUCUUCAUUUUCGUUCCGGGGCAAGUCUAUUUUGCGUAUUUGGAAGCCCGCGCUGUACCACUCUGGGUAUUCCGGCAGGCUAAGGACGUUUUCUAUUGCACGAUCACGAUUCGAUCCCGGCUCCGGCCUUCCUGUUUGGGGUUUGCAUGUUCUCCCCAGGCCUGUGUGGGUUUUCUCCGGGUACUCCGGUUUCCUACCACAUUCCAAAAACAUGCAUGGCAGGUUGAUGAAACUCAUCUAGAUUGUCCCUAGGUGUGAAUGUGAGCACAAAUGGUUGUUGUGUGCCCUGCAAUUGGCUGGCAACCAGUUCAGGGUGUCUCUCGCCAACUGCCCGAAAAAAAGCUGGGUUAGGCUCCAGCACGGCCGCGACCCUCGUGAGGAUAAACAGAUUAGAAAAUGGGUGGAUGGAUAUUGCGACUAGAAGAUCUUUUCCUCUUGGAAGAUUUAGGCAUGUGCCGAAAAUGGAUGGAUGGAAUUCAGCUGUGUUCACUCCCACAACAGUGCCACGCCCAUUUCUAACCGGGUCCGUCUACACUUAAAACAAAAGAAAAAACGCACCCUUGCUGCACUUUGC